AUUUAAAAAUAUAAAAAGUGCUCUGAUUGCAGAGUUGCAAGUAGCCAAGUAGAGAAAACUGUGAUGUGGUUGGUUCUUGAGUUUCGAUCACAUGGCUUCUUCUCCUCCCGCUCCCUCUCCCUCUCCUUCCUACUUCACACACAUUCCUCACCCUGGUGAGAAGGUUCUGGAUGACGACGAAUCGCGCGUUCCGAUUCAUAUUGUGACCGCUGCGUCUCAACUUCCUGUUGAGUUUCUGGAACCCUCGCCGGAAAAGAAGCUAGUCAUUGGCUUUGACUGCGAGGGUGUUGACUUGUGUCGCAAUGGAGAACUCUGCAUUAUGCAGCUUGCAUUUCCUGAUGCUAUAUAUCUGGUUGAUGCAAUCCAAGGGGGAGAUGUGCUUAUGCAAGCGUGUAAGCCCGCACUUGAGUCUGAUCACAUCACAAAAGUGAUUCAUGAUUGCAAACGGGAUAGUGAGGCAUUGUACUUUCAGUUCGGGAUCAAGUUAAACAACGUGGUGGAUACUCAGAUUGCUUAUUCACUUAUAGAGGAGCAAGAAGGACGGAAGACAGAUGAAUACAUUUCAUUUGUUGGCCUCCUUGCAGAUCCACGUUAUUGUGGCACAUCAUAUCUUGAGAAGGAAGAAGUUCGUGUCCUCCUUCGACAGGAUCCCAAGUUCUGGAAAUACAGACCUUUAUCUGAACUAAUGGUCCGUACUGCUGCUGAUGAUGUUCGUUUUCUUCUCUACAUUUAUCACCAAAUGAUGGAGAAACUAAAUGAGCGGUCUUUAUGGUAUCUUGCUGUUCGUGGUGCCUUGUAUUGCCGAUGUUUCUGUGUGAACAGUAAUGACUAUGCUGAUUGGCCAUCUCUGCCUCCAAUUCCAGAUAAGCUGAAAGCUGACGGAAAUGGUCCUGAGGAAGAAAUUCUUUCAGUUCUUGAUAUUCCCCAUGGAAAAAUGGGAUGUGUUAUUGGGAAAAAAGGGGCUACGAUUCUGUAUAUUAAAGAGUCCUGCAAUGCGGAAAUCCAGAUUGGAGGUGCCAAGGGCCCACCUGACAAGGUCUUCAUCAUGGGACCAGUGAAGCAGGUGAGAAAAGCUGAGGCCAUGAUAAGGGGUAGAUUCUUGGACAUUAAGUAAGGAGAAUGUUUUACUUGUCUUUCAAUCAAAACUUCUGCCAUAGUUACUUGCUUACUGCCUGAUAGUUGGAAUGAGUUAGGGGGGGGGGGGGGGGGGAGUUGUUAUACUUCAGAGUUCUGACUCCUUUUUCCCCCGCUUACAUCUGCCGGAAAAAAAGAUAAAAGGAAAAAAAUUAUAUCAACUUUCCUAUGAACAUAGCUGAAUAAACCGUUCCAAUUUAUCUUGUUUGAUGGCUCCAAUAUUUGAACUAGUAGAUGGUGCUAGUUCCGUUGUUAACUUAUGCUACUUGACGCAGAUUGUAGUAGACUUGCCUAAUGGAUUGUCGUGAAAUCGAAUCUGUUUAUAGUUUA